AUGGGAUCAUACACCUUUAGAUGGGAUCACUCAGCUGAGGAGGUCUAUGUCACCGGCACAUUCGACAACUGGGCAAAGACAAUCCGACUCGACAAGACAUUCUACGGCUUUGAAAGAGACGUGCACCUUCCCGACACGACCCAGAAGAUCCUGUACAAGUUCGUGGCGGACGGCGUAUGGAAGCACGAUCACACCGGCAAGACAGAGACCGACCACGAAGGAAACAUUAAUAACGUCCUCUACCCCGAAGACAUCAAACCUCCGAACUCGAUGGCAUACCACUUCAGCAAUUCCUCGGUAGCACCAGGCGCGACGACCACAGAGCUUGCAGGACAACAACCGCUUGAGAAACAGACUUCGAAUACAAUGCCAGGUGGCUUCCCAGAGACGCCCGCCGUCGGCGAUGCUAAAGAUACAGAGGACAAAGGUGGUCUGUCUGGCGCGGCGGCAGGCGUAGCUGCUGGUGCCAGUGCUGUCGCCGCAUCUGCUGCUGCUGCUGUUGGACUCUCGUCGGACAAGACCAAGGAGAAUGAGAAGGAGCAACAGUUCUCCGUCAACCCAAUUCCAGCUUCGGCAGGUGCGGCCAACCCAAUCCAACUUGCGCCAGGUGAGAAGGUGCCAGAUCCGUCGACUAUCAAUAACAACACCGUAUCCUCUACAGCGCGUGAGGACCCAUCGUUGAAGACAAACGCAGCAGAGCAGACAUUCGGCGUCGCUCCCAUUCCCGCAACUGGCGGAAUUGGAAACCCAGUACAUCUGCAGCCAGGCGAGAAGGUCCCAGACUCGAGCAGUCUUACUAGCAACACCAUCACCAGCAACGUCAAGCUUGACCAAGCGUCCUACGAGAAGAGCGACUCAGGUGCACCACAGCUCCCACCAGUCGUCAGUCCAGCAAGCGAAGGCUCUUCAUUGGGUGGUGCUGCACUCUUUGGCGGACUCGGACCUCAGACCAGCAACAUGAUUCCUGAAUCAAGCAUGGGCAUGGGCAAGGACGCACCGCCACCGAUCGAUCGAGCUUUCAGCGAAGACGACUCGGCAGGACCUACUCUGUCAUCUGUAGCUCCAUCCAGCACAACGGCUGCGUUGGCUGGUCAGGUGCCCAAGGAGCCACGAGGCGUGCCCGAGGUCGUGACCGACAGCCAGAAAGAGGCACAUGUUGCCCCAGAGGCUGCUGCGAAUCCUGAAGCUGUCGUAGAGAAAAGGCAGGUGGAGAACGAGCUGAAGAAGACAGUGCCAGAAGAGCCCGCGGCAAAGAGUGAAAGCAACCCUAGCGCAGUUGCCGGCGGCCUAGUAGGUGGUGCUGCUGCCGGAGGCCUCGGGGCCGCUGCAAUAUCCUCAGUGUCACCGACCAGCACUACCAACGGCCUCGCUGGUCACGUGCCAAAGGAGCCACGAGGCGUACCAGAGGUUGUUGCCGAAAGUCAAGAAAAAGCACAUGUUGGCCCAGAAGCAGCUGCAAACCCAGAAGCAGUCCAGGACAAGAAGGAGAUGGAGAGCGAGCUCAAGGCCAAGGUACCGGAGGAGCCAGCGAGCACCAGCGACAACAAGGGCGUGACCGGUGCUGUCGCAGGCGGUCUUGCGGCUGCUGGAGCGGCUGCGGCUGGUGGUGCCGCAUAUGUUGUGAACAAGACUCAUGAGACGACUGGAACGGACCCAACCAAGGUAUUGCCAGUAUCGAUACAGCAAAAGAUCGAUGAGCAGAAUUCCCAGUCGGGUUCCCGCUCAGGACUUACCUCAGGUGUGACUUCGGGCACAACUGUAACGUCAUCUUCCAUCCCGGCUCAGAAGGCUGCAGGUGAGGGCAUUACACCCAUCUCCAACGGCACAGGCACCAAGACUACAGAUGCUGUCCCAGCUGAGGUCCAAGCGUCGCAGAAGGAGGCCCACGUCGGUCCAGAGGCUGCCGCGAAUGCAGAGGCAGUGCACGAAAAGAGCGAUGUCGAGAAGGAGCUACUGCAGAAGGUGCCAGAAACGCAAGCAACUGGCGAGCCUGCACCUACUGUUGCCGCUGCCACAAGCGCUACCGCACCAGCCGCGACAUCAGGCACAUCAUCAUCUGGUGCUCCCCAGCUUGGUGCUGUCGGCGGCAUAGCGCCUAUCAGCAUGGACGAGAAGCCAAAGGACGGCCUCAACGCAUCGGCAAGCUCACAAGCACAAGCGCCAUCCGCACAGACCAACACAGUCCAUGACAGCCGCGACGUCAGCCCAAUGUCCAAACCCAACCCUACCAUCGCUGACCAGACCAAGCCAGUCGUCACGACCGGUGUUGGCUCCAGCGAAGCACCAAAGACAUCUGGAAAGGAUGCCGCUACCGCUGCCGCUCAGACAGCGGCCAGCAAGCCCAUCGGCACACCUCGCAACUCACAAGCCAACCCAAGCACACCUCAAAAGCGCAACUCUAUCAUGGGCAGGUUUGGGAAGAGUACCCCAGACUCUUCGCACGGCACAUCCGAUAGCACUGGCGAAGGCCAUGCGAAGAAGAAGGGUCUCUUCAGCCGAAUCAAGGAGAAGCUCAAGAACUAG